GGGGGUACCGGGGUACUCCGGGCCGUCCAAGUCUCUCCGCGGCGAGCCGAGCGCGGAGCGCGGAGCACAGCCGAGCGGCGAGUCAAGUUCAGUGCUCAGCUGACGGCCGGCCGGAGCAGACGGCCGCCUCAGCGCGGAACGGCCACAAACGAAAUCAACAACAGCAAAACAACAACAGAAAAGAGCGAAAUGAAAACAAAGUGAUUCCCGCCAGCCCGCGCCGUGUGUGACGUCACGAGACCUAUCUGUGGUUCCCGCUGCUGUGAUAAACUUACCGACCGAGGAGGAGCCGCGACGACAACCAGUCUGCGUCGAAGAAUUAUUGCAAACAGCAACAACAUCAGCGGCAGCAGCAAGAACAAGAACGCCGGCAGCCCAGUGCAGUGCGCAAAUAGGAAUAAAUUAUUGUAAUAAUUUAAGUGGUGCGGACGUGUAUAAGCUGUGAUUUCUGGUUCCCACUUUUCUUCCGGACCGUGUGACGUGUGAGACGGCAACGAUGCCCGAAAUUUGUGAACACUCAAGAAAGUGCUAACAGUUUUGUACCUGUAAUACAAGGAAAGUGUAGUGUAGGCACCAUGUCGCAGUACCUCAUCAUCCUUCUGAUUUCCCACGCGUUGUUAUGCUGCCACCUGACGGACGCGUGGCAGCAGCAGCAGAGCGAGCAGAGCGUGUCCCUCAACCGGACCGCGAGGCAGGCGUGGAGCGACUGCAGCUUUCGGUGCCAGUCGGGGAGCUGCAUCGACACGGACCGAGUGUGCGACGGCAAGAGAGACUGCGACGACGGCUCGGAUGAGACGCGGAACAUUUGCUCCUCGAACGCUGUGUGCCCGGGGUUGUCGUUCCACUGCGACUACGGCGCGUGCGUCGACGCGGACGCGCGCUGCAACGGGGUGACGGACUGCGCGGACGGCUCCGACGAGCACCCCCGGAUCUGCAACCCGGGCCACAACAAGGGCGACGGCAGCCAGGGCCAGGGCAACCAGGGCGGCCAGGGUGGUGGAGGAGGUCAGGGCAACCGGCCCGGCAACCGUCCUCAGGGCGUCGGCCUGAGCAACGGCGGCCAAUCGUCCCUCAACGGCGGAUGCAGGACGGACGAGUACCGGUGCGCCAACGGCCAGUGUGUCGACAAGACGGUAGUGUGCGACGGUCGGCGGGACUGCAAGGACGCCUCGGACGAGACCUACACGCAGUGCUACAGCGUCAAGUGCCCGUCGUACUCGUUCCGGUGCGCGUACGGAGGCUGCAUCGACCGCGACCUGCGCUGCGAUGGCGUUGAGAACUGCGCCGACGGCUCGGACGAGAACCAGUGCGAGGGCGGGCAGCGGCCGUCCACGGGCAACAACGGGAGCACCAACCCCCGUCCCACCCAGCGGCCCACACAGCGGCCCACCCAGCGGCCCACCCAGCAGCAGACGCAGCCGCGGCCCACCCAGCGCCCCUCGCAGCCGUCGGCGCCGCCCGCCGCCAACGACAGCCCGCAGUGUCGCCUGCCCGAGCGGCUGCAGGGCGGCAGCUACCGCGUGGACGGCUGCUCCGGCGGCGACCGCACGCCACUGUGCCGCGGCGUGCCCAACACGCCCGUGCCGCACACCACCGUGCUGCGCUACGAGUGCAACCAGGGCUACCAGCUGAGCGCCGAGAACAACUUCACCUUCUGCCUGUCCGGCACGUGGACGCCCGAGCCGCCGACGUGUGCAAAGAUCUGCCCCGCGCUCAUCUCCACGUCCGUGGAUCUCGAGUGCACGGCCAAGGACGGCAAGCCGGUGCGCUGCGACAAGGGCCAGCUGCCGGGGACGCGCGCCAAGCUGCAGUGCAAGCCCUCGUACCGCUUCCCGGCGGGCGCCACCCCGGACUACGACGCCGUCAACUGCCUGCCGGACGGCACGUGGGACUGGCCCCUGUUCAAGUGCAUCCCAGAGUGCGGCGUGGCCAUCGGCAAGGGCCAGACGCUCAUUGUCCACGGCAGCGACGCCAACAUCGGUGACUUCCCCUGGCACGCGGGCAUCUACGACAAGGAGCAGAAGGAGGGUGUGACCCAGGUGUGCGGUGGCACGCUCGUGCUGCCCAACCUGGUCGUCUCCGCGGCCCACUGCUUCUACGACGACAACGUGGAGAAGGAGAUGCCGCCGUCCCGGUACAAGGUGGCCGUCGGCAAGUACUUCCGGGACUGGGACGCCCGUGAGCGCGGCGCCGUGCAGAAGAGCGACGUGCGCACGGUCCACCUGCCGACCCGCUACCGAGGCAAGUCGCGCAACUACGCGGACGACAUCGCGCUGGUCGAGCUGACGGUGCACGUGUCCAUCAGCGCCGUGGUCAUGCCCAUCUGCGUGGACUGGCUGGGCUCGACGCUGUCCGGCCUGCGCAAGGGCGACGUGGGCACCGCGGUGGGCUGGGGCCGCACCGGGGACCGCCAGCCGAGCGCCACGCUGCUGUCGGCGCGCCUGCCCUUUGUGCCGUUCGACGAGUGCCUCAACGGCAUCCCCGAGACCUUCAGGCCCUACAUCACCAGCGACAAGUUCUGCGCGGGCAACAUCAACGGUUCGUCGGUGGCCAAGGGUGACAGCGGCGGCGGCCUCGCGUUCAAGGACCCCACGUCGUCGUCCUGGUUCCUCCGCGGCAUUGUUUCGGCCGGCGUGCCCAACUCGGUCACCUAUUCGGCCUUUACCAAUGUCGACUUCCACAAGGAGUGGAUGUCGAGAGUACGCUCAGAGGCCGAGAACCGACGACCGAAGCAAGGAUGAUGUCCUUCCAGUUUUAUGGACAUGUAGGGCAUACUCCAGAUCACCCUGCCCCCUCGGAACAAAAGGGUGGACGUGCGUGGAAUAGAGGAAAGGACUGAUCUCGUCUAAGGGGAUUUUGAAUAUCGGCUGGCUACGUUCGGAGUGAGGAAAAGAGAACCUGUUGUGCUGAUUCUGAUCUGAUACGUCAGUUCUGGUGAAGCCUCAAAGGAUUUUUCACUUACUGAUUUAUUUAUUAAUUUUUUUCUGCGUACUUUUUUUCUGUCAGAUGUAAAGGAGUGUUGGAUUGUUUUUAGACGGACCCUUUGACUGUUUCCAUUUUUAAACAUUUUUAGAAUUCAUAAAAUGAAUCUUUGCUCACUAUUUAAAAGUAACCUUCAGACAAAAAAUGUACGCAAUUGUUUGCUCAAUAAAAUAAUGUGUGUGCCAAGAAUCUACUUAAA